GCCGUAGCUGUGGCGGCGGCUGCAGAAGCCCGAGCAGCCGCGGCCGCAGUGGAGACUAGAGCCGGAGCGGCGUCGGCGGCGGCACCCCAGGGAGUUUAAGAUGGCGGCAGGGGGGGCGGCGGGCCUUCGAGAAGAGCAGCGCUAUGGGCUGUCGUGCGGACGGCUGGGGCAGGACAACAUCACCGUACUGCAUGUGAAGCUCACCGAGACGGCGAUCCGGGCGCUCGAGACCUACCAGAGCCACAAGAAUGUAAUUCCUUUUCGACCUUCAAUUCAGUUCCAAGGGCUCCAAGGGCUUGUCAAAAUUCCCAGAAAUGAUCCUGUCAACGAAGUGCAUACAUUUAACUUCUAUUUGUCAAAUGUGGGUAAAGACAACCCUCAGGGCAGCUUUGACUGUAUUCAGCAAAGGUUCUCCAGCUCUGGAGCCUCCCAGCUCAACUGUCUGGGAUUUAUACAAGAUAAAAUUACAGUGUGUGCAACAAACGACUCCUAUCAGGUGACACGAGAAAGAAUGACCCAGGCAGAGGAGGAAUCCCGCAACCGAAGCACAAAAGUUAUCAAACCCGGUGGACCAUAUGUAGGGAAAAGAGUACAAAUUCGGAAAGCACCUCAAGCUGUUUCAGAUGCAGUGCCUGAGAGGAAAAGGUCAACCCCCAUGAACCCUGCCAAUACGAUUCGAAAGACAUAUGGCGGCAGCAGUGUUUCUCAGCGGCCAUAUAGGGACAGAGUGAUUCACUUGCUGGCACUGAAGGCCUAUAAGAAACCCGAGCUGCUGGCUCGACUGCAGAAAGAUGGUGUCAAUCAAAAAGACAAGAACUCUCUCGGAGCAAUUCUGCAACAGGUAGCCAAUCUGAAUUCUAAGGACCUCUCAUAUACCUUAAAGGAUUAUGUUUUUAAAGAGCUUCAGAGAGAUUGGCCUGGAUAUAAUGAAACUGACAGACGGUCAUUAGAGUCAGUGCUCUCAAGAAAAUUAAAUGCAUCUCAGAAUGCUGCCAGCACCAGCCGUUCAGAAUCUCCUCUAUGCUCUAGUAGAGACACUGCAUCUUCUCCUCAGAAACGGCUUUUAGAUUCAGAUUUCAUCGAUCCUUUAAUGAAUAAAAAAGCUCGAAUAUCUCACCUGACAAAUAGAGUGCCACCAACAUUAAAUGGUCAUUUGAAUUCUACCAGUGAAAAAUCUGCUGCAGGGCUCCCGCCACCCCCUGCAGCCGCUGCCAUCCCCACCGCUCCACCACUGCCUUCCACCCACCUGCCCGUCUCCAGUCCUCCUCAGGCUGCAGAUUCUAACUCCAAUUCCCCUAGCACUCCAGAAGGCCGGGGGACUCAAGACCUACCUGUUGACAGUUUUAGUCAGAACAGUAGUAUCUGUGAGGACCAGCAAGACAAAUAUACCUCUAGGACUUCUCUGGAAACCUUACCCUCUGAUUCAGUUCUACUAAAGUGUCCAAAGCCUACGGAAGAAAACCAUUCAACGUCUCACAAAAAGUCCAAAAAGAAGUCUAAAAAACACAAGGAAAAGGACCAAAUAAAGAAACAUGAUAUUGAGCUGAAUGAGGAAAAGGAAGAGGACCUUAAAAGAGAUGAGGAAAUUGCCAAGCUGAACAACUCCAGUCCGGAUUCCAAUGAAGGAGUUAAAGAGGGUUGCACUGCCUCCACGGAGCCUUCUUCAACAAUUGAACUCCCAGAUUAUUUGAUAAAAUAUAUUGCUAUUGUCUCUUACGAGCAACGCCAGAAUUACAAGGAUGACUUCAAUGCGGAGUAUGAUGAGUACAGGGCCUUGCACGCCAGAAUGGAGACUGUAGCAAGAAGAUUUAUCAAACUGGAUGCGCAACGAAAGCGCCUUUCUCCAGGCUCAAAAGAAUAUCAGAAUGUUCAUGAAGAAGUCUUACAAGAAUAUCAGAAGAUCAAGCAGUCUAGUCCCAAUUACCAUGAAGAAAAAUACAGAUGCGAGUAUCUUCAUAACAAGCUGGCUCACAUCAAAAGACUCAUAGGUGAAUUUGACCAACAGCAAGCAGAGUCAUGGCACUAGAGCUCUGCUUGGACCAGAAGAUGUGAAUAAACUUAAGCUUAUUUAUUUAAAAUUCCAAAUGAGUUGCUCUAAGAUUCUAAAAAAAAAAAGUGAAACUUUGCCUGUUGGAAGUUUCAGUAUGUGUAAACUUGAGUUACCUUUUUUUUGCUGCCCCUCUCCCGCCUCCCCAAUCCCCACCCUUUUCUUUGCUUCCCUGCAUUUUUGAAGCUGCUUUUUCUGGUCCUUGUUUUCUCCCUCAAGACUUGUGUUUGUCAAUAGAAGUGAUUUUUUUGUUUUAGAUAUUGGGGAUCCAGUAUCUAUACUUCAAAUCAGUUUUUUUUCUUAAAAACUUGUUUGUAAUUAGAAAUGAUUUUUUUUUUAGAUAUUGGGAAUCUAGUGUCCACACUUCAAAGUUAUGUGUGUUAAAAAAACAAAACAACCAGUAAUGUGCAAGGUGAAAUGCUUUUGGAUAAACAUAAGCCUAUUUUCUGACCUUUCUUAAUGCGAACUCUUUGCCUUAAAUGGUAGCAUAUUUAGAAAUUUGCACAAAAUACAAAAAAAUUAAAACAUUGUUUUGGAGGGUUAAUACAUAGAAAGGUCUAUGUGUAUGUAUACGUGUGUAGCUAGCUACACACGUGCAUAUAUAUAUAUAGGCUGACUCGAAAUAGAACAGUAAAUUGCUCUGCCAGUUAACCCCCCAUUGCAAUGGUUGCCUUAAGGUGUUUGCUAGUUGUGUACAUAGUGUGGUUAAUCAUUAGCUACACUGCUUCCCACUUGAUUGGAGCAGUGGGAAGCACACUGUGGCCUACCAGCGUCUGAAAGAGUGUCCGCGACCUGUGUGUGUGUGCAGAGGUGGUGUGGAUGUGAGCGUGCAUGAAGGGAACAAGCUGCUGCUCUCAGUAGGCCGAACGCUCAGGUUAAACAACUGACGAGUGUUACUGUAGGUUUUUUUUGUUUUUGUUUUCUGUCAAAUAGCUACUUCUAUUGUGAAAGACAAAAGCAUUUCCAUUUCAACCGUUCGUCAGCUUUGUUGUUGGGCAAAAUUGAUAUAUUCUGAAAAUGAAACAAAUCUAUAGUUUUGGGGCAAAAUUAUAAAAUUAAAUAUGUAGGUAACCUAUUUAUAUACUGGUAUAAAGUAUUUUUUUGAAGAGAGAUGUGCAAAGAAGUUAUUACCUACAUGAAAUGUAUAUUUAAAGAUUUUUUUCUUCAUCCUGGGUGCCAGGAAUAUGAAAAACAGAGGAUAUAUUUAACCAUAGCAUACUGUGAUUCAUCAAACAGCACAAACUUUCAUUUCAUGGAGUUUAUCUGUUGACGUUGAUUUAAACUAUCACUUGUUUUAUCAUGUGGGAACAUAAGUUAUGUCAAAAAUGUAAGGACUUUGAACUAAUGUUGAUUCAAGUUGUGUCGUCUUACCGUGUUGUCUUUUCAAAGUGUUGCCAGUUAAAAAGGGAAGCAUUAUGUUUACAAAUCUGUUCUGAAAUGUUUGCCAAAAUUUGGUAGUAUCUUUAAUAAAGAUGUUUGUCUCCAGCAUCCAAAAAAAUAAAUAAAUAACUUUGUUGUGUAUCGCUGUAAACCAGAAAAUGUUAGUUUCUAGAUAACCUGAGAGAGCACGUAGAUGAACUCUCUCUUUGGAGUUCUUCUAAAAUCUUAACUGGAAAGAGUAGAUAAUAUAGUGAAAGUACACAAACUAUUCAAAGACUGAAGCAAGACCCUCCACACCAUAACUCUAUAACAUUACUGCAGAAAUUUAAUUUCUAUGUAGCAUGGACCUCUUGGGAAUUCUAUUUCUUUUAGCAUUGAGAUCCCUGGUGCUCUUCCUUUUACCUCAGAAUUGGUACAAUCAUUAUUAAAUGUUCAUUGAUUUCAGACUUUCAGUUGAAAAGAAGAUAGGAAAGGAAACAUACUUAAUUGGGGGUCAAUUUGAUCCUCAUAUUAUUAUGGUGAAGUCUGCUGAGGGAUUUGUCUAUAGGUAACAACCUCCUCAUUGAUGUCAUUUCUUAAACAUCUUGGCCUUUUAAUCAAAGAUUGUGUGCUGCUAUUUGCUAUGAGUGGUGUUUCUCAAAAACAAGGUGCUUGGACCACUUACAUCACCCAAAUUAGAAUCUCUGGGUAUAGGGCCCAGGUAUCCACCCAUACUUUCAUAGUAAGUAUCCUCCAGGUGACUUUUGCAAGUUAAAGUGUAAGAAACAUUGGUUUGGAUGUAGAAACCUUAGGUCUCUCAAUCUCAAAAUCUUGAACUGAAGUUCAGCUAUUGGUUUGUUGUUGUUGUUUUAAGCCCAUCUCUAUCAGCAGGCACAUCACUUUCCCCUCGACAGCAUGUGAGGCACCCUCUCCAACGUUUCACUGCCAACUUUUAUUCCGGAACUUGUUUACAGACAAGUCUUCUAGUUGGUUUAUUGUUCGCCCUUGGAGCUCCUACCCACCUACAUCAGCACAUCUUCUGGUUUACAAAUAGGGUCAUAAUAGAAGCUGGAGAUGCUUCAGAAAAAUCCAGCGUUGCACACCCAUAGACUUGACCACCAACCUAUAAAAGCCUUAAUUUAGAUGUUUGUUGUGUACAAUGGACAGAUCCUUAUAAAAUGUGUCUAUCAGUUGUAAAUCUCUGACUCUGCUGUUACCUGAGGCUGCAUCUCUUAAAGAUGGGCAUAAGCCUAUUAAAAUAUUUAUAAUCAUCAUUCAUGUCCUACUGCUAGAUUUUUAGAUACUUUCGAAUAAUUGCUGAGGUAUGGGUGGGCUUAGCAUCAGUUACUUUGGUCGUAGAAUUUAGUUUUUUUUUUUUUAAAGAAACAUUAAGUGUAAAACAGCAUUAUCAAGAUGAGAGAAUGAGUUCUGUUUUCAUCACAUUUCAUCUAAAAUAAUUUGAAGAUUUUUACCAACACUCAUAAAUUAAUUCUAGAUUGAAUGAGCAGCUGAUUUAAUACAAACCAAAAAGAACAUUAACUAGAUGUGGUAUUGUUUUUUUAUGUGGGGAUUUCAUUUCCUAUCUUGUUGGGUUUCAUUUCUUGUGGAGUCAUUUAGAGGGUUAACUUUCAACUCUAAGUAGUGGUGAUGUUCAGGACUACUGGCUCCCUCAAAAGUCAUUGGUGUGGUCAGUUUCUGUUAUUACUCCGUGCAUUGAUUAUAAAAAUUCAGUAUUAAUUUUUUUCAUCUCUGAUUGAUCUUUUAACUCGUAGAGGAGUGAGUUUUCUUUUCCCUUAAAGUAUUUCACUUUAUUAUGUAAAACAAAUGCAUACUUGCAUGUUGGAAGCAAGAUGUUGAAAUGAAGUUUAGCCACAAAUGAUCCAUUAGUUCCAACACUGCUCGGUUGCCUUUAUUCUUUGCUUCUGGUACUUGCCUGUUCAUUGUCUUUCUGGCAGUGUGAGUGUUGUCACGUAUGCUUGGUAUAUGCCUUUGCUACUUAUGAAGUUCUCACAGUUUAUUACUUGCCCAAGUGUUACUAAAUCUUUUCUUACGUGUACCAGCUGGGGGGGGAUUUAUAACCAGCACUUUGAGAGGAACAUUUUGGGAAGGGAUAUUUAACUGACACUACAAAGUGAAGGCAACAGAAGAUGUUAUCAAUGUUCUUUGUAACCUGAAAACUGAACAAGGCUGUGAGGCUCAUUUCAAAAUAUUUUGAAGUGUUAAAAACUAUAUAUCUAUGCUGUUUCUCAGUUGUUUCAAACAAACCAUGUUAGGACUCUCGAAGGUAAAAUGUCGCAGGGACUUUUCAGUUGUUACUGAGCUCAGCAGCUGUGGUGGCCCUGUUGUU